AUCACCUUAAUUUUGUUGAUAUGAAGACGACAACGCCAGUUCACCGGUAUAAUUCGUUAAUUUAUAAUAAUUAAGCAUGGAGGAAAUCAGCGAUCGCGUGCAAAAAGCAACAACCAAAAUAUUUACGGAGCUAGAUAGAGAUCUAAUCCGUCAAAUGCAGGGUGACAUGCACAGAUGUAGUGCAAAGUGCUGUGAUGUUAAAACAUCAGGAUUAGAUGAUGUGCAGAGGUGUGUAGAAAAUUGUUCCAUACCUUUAACUCAAGCACAGAAUUUCAUGCAACAAGAAGUGGAAAACUUUCAGGACCGCUUGAAUAGAUGUGCUAAGGACUGCCAAGAUAAACUUCGAGACAAUCUGCCUAGUACCCCUGCUGAAUCACAAAUGGUACAAUUUAGGAAAGAAUUGGAAUCCUGUGUCAGCAGUUGUGCAGAUGAUCAUAUAAGAAAAUUACCAGACCUAGCUAAAAGAUUAAAGUCUAAUAUCAGCAGUAUGAAAUAGAACUAUGUACAAGUUUUCGUGAAAUUCUAGGAAAACAGAAAGAUUUGGGAGUUUGUAUCUGAAAACUACCCGAAAUAGAUAACAAAAGAAAUUUUAAAGUGGUCAAUACAUGGAAUUUUGUUAAAAAUGGUUCAAUUAGUGUGAUGAGUAAAGAACAAACAUAAACAUAAGUCAGGACUAUUUCUAAAGCUCACCUUAGACACUCGUAUUGGUCUUGGUGGGUAGGGCUUUUUGUACAGGCUCGAUGGUAUAUAUUUGUAUCAUUGUCCACUGUUAUUGAUCAAUCUUUUCUUAGUCUUGCCAGGUUUUUGUUAAAUUAAGUAGGUAGAAACAAUGUGGGUAAAACCUGUAU